UCAUCGUAAACAAUGAUGCGGAAUUCAACUUCCUCAACAUUAUCUUUUUUCAUUCUUGGAGCUUAUUUGAAUGUUGGAAAUAUGAGAUACUGGUAUUUCAUGAUAACCGCUUUUGUAUACAUUAUAAUCAUUAUGGCCAACACAUCCCUGAUUGUGGUGAUCUGCAUGAACAGAAGCCUACACGAACCUAUGUACCUGUUUCUGUGCAGCCUGUUUGUAAAUGAACUGUAUGGUAGCACAGGGUUGUUUCCAUUCCUUCUGCUUCAGAUCCUCUCUGACAUUCACACUGUUUCUGUUCCCUUUUGUUUCCUGCAGAUUUUCUGUUUGUAUACAUAUGGAAGUGUAGAAUUUUGUAAUUUAGCCGUCAUGUCUUAUGACAGAUACCUUGCUAUAUGUUAUCCUCUACAGUACAACACACGUAUGACGUCUAACAAGGUUGCUGUUUUGAUUGUUGUGGUAUGGUUGUACUCUUUUGUGAAAUUUCUAGUGACUUUAUCCUUAAACAUCCGUUUGCCACUUUGUGGAAACAUCAUAAACAGUUUGCAUUGCCGUAACUACCUAGUUGUUAAGUUGGCAUGUUCUGACACCAAAGUGAAUAACAUCUAUGGACUUUUUGGUGUAGUUCUCACCAUCGUGGUCCCUCUGCUUCCAAUCCUUUUCUCUUACACGAAAAUUCUCAAAGUUUGUUUUUCUGGAUCCAAACAGACCAGACAAAAAGCCGUCAGUACCUGCACACCUCACCUUGUGUCUCUGCUCAACUUUUCUUUUGUCUGCUGCUUUGAGAUGUUUCAGAGCAGAUUUGAUAUGACCGGUGUACCCAGUGUGCUGCGAAUCAUUCUGUCUCUGUACUUUCUCAUCAUACAGCCACUUUUGAAUCCUAUCAUGUAUGGAAUGCAAAUGUCAAAAAUACGAAAUACAUGCAAACAUGUCCUCUGCUAUAAAAUAUUGUGUUUUUACAAGGAUCGUUUGUAG